AUGCUUCCAAAACCUGAAAGCCGAGAAAGAAAAAGAUCUGAAUUGAGCUUACCAUACGUGAAAUAUGAACCACAUGGUGAAGUCGACCCAUUUCACUUUGAGAUGCGCAUGAUUAUAAGCACGGGUAUGUCGACAAGAGAUAAAAACAUUCAGAAAUCAAAAAGAUUCUUAGAAGAAUGA